AUGACAGACUCAUCAUGUUCCGAGUGCAUCAAAGGCACCAUCCACUCCGGCCAACCCAAAGGCACUGAGGAACUCAUCCACGGCCUCAACACCUACGUGAUUGGAAACCGCAUCAAUCCUCGCGGCAUCAUCGUGAUUUACUCCGACAUUUUUGGUCUCGCACUGCCCAACAACAAACUCAUCGCCGACGCCUAUGCUGCCAGCGGACAAUGGCUCGUAAGCACCUCCCCGUCAGCCCAUUGGUGCAAACAGAGACUUACCUCCCUUCAGGUCUAUCUCCCAGAUUUCUUCCACGGCGACCCAGUCGACCUAAAAGUCGCCGAUGCACUGCUCCCCGUCGACGCAGCCGCGCAAUCCACCUUUGCCAAAUACACCGGCAUCCUCGCCAGCAUGCCCACAUUCCUCAUGUGGCGAACGCGCCACAAGCACGCCGACGUCGAAAAGACAUGCAUUGAUUUCCUCAGCUCACUCCGCCGCGCAACGCCCGACAAAAAGAUCGGCAUAGUAGGCUUCUGCUGGGGCGGCCGCUAUGCCAUCCGCGCCGGCAUGGCGCAGCACCAAAUCUCCAUCAACAAUACUGCGACACCGUUGAUCGACGCCGUGGUCGCGUUACACCCGAGUAAUAUGGUGCUGCCGGAUGAUGUCAUGGAGCUGGUUGUGCCGGUGAGUUAUGGCUGGGGCGCGCAGGAUAUUGCGGUGAGUUAUGCGACGAGAGGCAAGAUUGAGAAGUUUCAUGAGGAGGAGAGGGGUAGGGGAAAAAGGGUGCCGGAGAUGAAGCAUUGCAGGUAUGAGCCGGGGCGCCAUGGUUUUGCGGUUAGGGGGAUCCGGGUGAUGAGGGGGAGAGGAGGUGUUUGGAGGAGGCGGAGAGGCAGGCCUUGGAGUGGAUGGAGAAGUGGCUUUAGGUGGGAUUGGGUGGAGAUAGUUUCUGCAGAGUUCAUAUUUGCUCAUUGUGUUUGA